AUGGCGACGUCCUGCUCUCCGACACCGCCGUGUCGUGACAGCCCUUCGCGCUGUCGCCGCUCGCGCUUCCCGCCCGUUAAUCGGUUGCUUCUGGGCUCGCUGCGCGGAGCCUCCGGCGGCCCCGGUCCCGUUCCCGGUGCCGUUCCCGGGGCGCGCGUGGCCGGCACGGAGCAGCACAGCGCCCUGCGGGCCGCCCUCAGGAAGAUCAUCGACAAGGAGAUUAAUCCUUUUGUGGACAAAUGGGAGGAAGAAGGACAGUUCCCAGCACAUAAAGUAUUUAAAAUCCUAGGGCAGGCUGGAUUCCUUGGUGUGGAUAAGCCAACAGAAUAUGGUGGCAUGGGUUUGGACUUCUCCUAUAACAUUGCAGUGGCAGAAGAACUGGGAAAUAUCCGGUGUGGGGGUAUUCCAUUGGCCAUUGGAGUACAAAUUGGCAUGAGCACACCYGCUCUAACAAGAUUUGGUUCAGAUGAGUUGAAAAAACAAUUCCUUGCACCAACUAUAGCUGGAGAUUUUGUGGCUUCUUUGGGCAUCAGUGAAGUGGAAGCUGGAUCAGAUGUUGCAAGUAUCAAGACAACAGCCGAGAGAAAAGGCGAUGAGUAUAUAAUAAAUGGCAGUAAAAUGUGGAUUACAUYGGGGUGUCAAGCAGACUGGAUGUGUCUGCUGGCAAAUACCAGUAAAGGACCUCCUCAUAGAAAUAAAUCUCUUAUAUGUCUGCCAAUGAAUCUACCUGGCAUUCACAUUACUAAAAAGAUAGACAAACUGGGCAUGAGGUCAUCGGACACAGCUCAAAUCUUUUUUGAAAACGUAAGAGUCCCCAGCAAAAACGUUAUUGGUGAGGAAGGAAUGGGUUUUACAUAUCAGAUGUUGCAAUUCCAAGAAGAGAGGCUGUGGGGAGUAGCCACUGUCCUGACAGCRCUGGAAAAUAUAAUACAAGAAACUAUUGACUACACUCGCCAGAGAAAAGCCUUUGGUCAGCCAGUGCUUCACAACCAAGCAGUGCAUUUCCGCCUGGCAGAGUUGGCAACAGAGGUGGAACUCCUUCGCUCCCUGCUCUACAGGACUCUUGCUCUCUACCUAGAAGGCAGUGAUGUGACCAAACUUGCUUCCAUGGCUAAACUAAAGGCAGGUCGCCUGGCUCGUGAAGUGACUGACAGUUGUCUUCAGUUUUGGGGAGGAAUGGGUUUUUCCAGUGAGGUCCUGGUGAGCAGAUUUUAUAGAGACUUCAGAUUAACAUCAAUAGGAGGUGGUACAGACGAAAUCAUGCUUUCUAUCAUAUGCAAAUACAUGGGAACACUUCCAAAGAAAUAGCACCUCUCUCCUUUCUUGAACAUGUAAGGACUCAAGAGCAUGGCUUUUGCUACAUACCAAAGGUAAUAGAACACACUUUUCAGCAGGAAAACACAGAGAAAACUUACCAGUAAUUCUGUCAGUGAAAUGCUUGUCAGUCUUUAACCAACAUUGCUUGUUCUACAUAUUUGCCAAUACCAAGUUUAUGCUGAUGA